UAAUUUUAUUAUAUCGACAGUGGUCAGCUCGAAUCAUAUGUCGAAUGUUGGCAGGUCCACGUGGUGUGCUCCCCGGUCUCGCUCGACAGUGUACGUUGGACGAUUGGUCGUUUUGGGCGAUUGUUUGUGAUCGUUUUUGGUUUUGGCGCCCCCGAAACUAGUUUCGUCUUUUCUGGAUUCGUCCACAACUACAUCCCCCGGGGCUGUUUAGCGUUUUUGGCCAGCCCUGUCGAUCGAGGUAUAUUGUGUGUUUGUGUGUUACACUUGUUGCUGUUUUCUUGUUCGUUUCGAGUGAUAUUCAUUGCCUGCGGUUCAAGAUUCCAGGCCGCAAGCGCACUGAUGAGAUCGCAUCUGCAGUGUAACUUCAGUUUCGUGUCUCGCGUGACGCUGCGGACAGUGACAACAUUCGGUUGCUUGUGCAAAAUCGUACGACCACCUGUCGCUUCUUUCACUUGGUGUCGGUGUCAGAAUUGAUUAGAAAAUUUAAUCAUCGUUGUAGGUGCAAGGAUCGAGCGAAAAGUGAACAACCCAAGGAAAUUACUCUUUAAGAUUGCGAAUCGUUUUGUUAAAUAGGCAUUUUUUCAAAGAACAGAAAACACACACAGUGCAAUGAAGAGAAAAACAUCGACUACCAACGCUUAAUACAGCUCGAAGAAAAUUUAAGAAAGAGUUGUGUACUAAAUCCCAGUUUAAAAAAAAAAAACAUGUUUAUGUGAUAUCAUCACUGCGGAAAUCAAGUCUAGCAUGUGUUAAUUUUUCGCAAGUGAAAACAACAAGUGCUAUGGAAUAGCAGAUUUGAUUCUUCAAAUAAUCAAUGCUCACCUGUUGCUGUACGCCUGUAAGAUUUCUUCUGGACCAAGGCUGCUUCGGAGAACCCUUGGGAUUUGACUGCUGAUUUUGCUGAUGUGUUCCUGACCUGUUGCUGAUGUUCCCGGUUUGCUGUGGUGCGAUAGCUGUUGCUGUUUGCGGACACGGAGAAUGCGGUUUUGCUGACCAUCAUCAUCUUCAUCGUGGGAAUUCAGUACCUGCCUGUAUCGACGAGGGACAAUUUCACUCUAACGUUGCCAACUGAGCAUCUACCAAAAAGAAAAUCGUCCUGUACCGUACAUCAACAUAUGCGAAAACUAUCCACCCCAUCUGAACCACCCUGUGCCACCCGCCACUGCCACAGCGCAGCUGUCAAACGCCUGGUUGACGUUUGCGAGUUUGUUUUGAAGUUUGAUUGUUUUGAUUUCGGAAGACCGUGUUGUUUUGCGGUUCGCGAAACCGGAUCAAUCCGUGAUUCCGGCACGGUUCGUGUGAAAUCCGCGUAUCUGACCCGUUAUCGGGCCGGGAAGUAAAGUACUACAGCGUAGUGGUAAGAGUAGGCGUUGCGAUAAAAAAACCCUUGUGCGCUGUGAAAGACAGCGAGCAGGAAAGAAACACCGUCUAUCACAAAGCUCGUUAUCGCGGUUUCCCCACUCAGUUCUUUUCUUAUUGCGAAUUCGGUGUUCGUUGUUCGUUGCCCAGGUUAGUUGGAUACAGUGUGUCGUGUGUAUUCGCGAGAUUUUUAAGUGUGACACCAGCGCCCACUUGUGUGCUCUUGUAGGGAAACGCGUCACCCUUUACACGUCGGCAACAUACGCGCAAGGGUUUACUUCCGACCGUGUGCGAAAAAGCGUUUUUCGUAUAGUGAGUGUGUCUGUGUACCUCCGGGGUUCGCUCUGCAGUGAAAUAACGUGCCUAUCUGCAGUGCUGUGAAUCGCUUCUUGUUCUUGUGGUUGUGGCCACGCUACUCAAAUCGUCCCGCGCUUACUUCGUCCAGCAGCAACCAAAGUCUGUGCGUACCCGGCCGCCCGUGCCAUCCUUUUUUUGUGAUCCCCGGUACUAUAAAAGGCGCAAAAAUUUGGGAAAUAAUGGAUCCCACCGGUGGGCGCGAUUCGCGCUACAAUCUGAACUACAGUAUGAGCAUGAUGAGCGAAUCGCCAGAGAUAUACGGCAACCCGAACGUGUCUCUGGCGCGCCCACCGAGCGGUGGUUUGGUCGGGCAGGUGAUGUCUCGCGGUGGGAACGGUGGAACGGGUUUGAUGAACGCCAAUGGUCCACAGUGCGGUAGUGGCGGUGGUGGUGGUGGUGGUGGUGGAGGCGGAGGUGGUGGCGGAGGUGGUGGCGGCUUGUCUCGCGGCAUAAAGCGCACCAACUCGGACUGCUACGACGAUCGGCAACAGAUGGUUGGGUCGCAGAACAUGACCGGUCUCGAUGGGUGCACCGUCGGGUCCGAGGUGGUGGACGACAGCUACACCUCGCUGCAGCCGAAAAAAUCCCCUCCCAGCAAUGGAAAGAAGACGAAGGGCCGUGUUAAGAUUAAGAUGGAAUAUAUCGACAACAAACUACGGCGGUACACGACGUUUUCUAAGCGCAAGACCGGCAUCAUGAAAAAGGCAUAUGAACUGUCAACACUUACCGGCACGCAAGUUAUGUUGCUGGUGGCCUCCGAAACCGGUCACGUGUACACGUUUGCGACCCGCAAGCUGCAACCGAUGAUCACGUCGGAGGCGGGCAAGGCGCUCAUCCAGACCUGCCUAAAUUCGCCCGAUCCACCGACGGGUUCAUCGGGCGACCAGCGCAUGUCCGCGACCGGCUUCGAGGAGACCGAGCUCAGCUACAACAUCGGCGACGAAGACUCCAAAGAUGAUCGGUCGCCGAUGUCGUCCGGCAGUGAAUCGGACGAUUAUUCGCCCCCGGAAUCGCCCCCUCCAGGACCUAGCGUUAAUACUAGCAGUAAUACCAACGUCAACAGUAGUAAUAAUCAUCAUUUGCAGCAGCAGCAACCGCAGCAAGGCAGCUCGAACGAAAGGCACACUACCAGAAGUGCUGGUACACAGAGUGCAGGAAGUGGUGCAGCAUCAAGCACUGCUGCCGGCACAGCAACAACAAGCGUGAUGACCGCUUCAAGUGCUGCUGCUGCUGCUACCAUUAACGCCAUCCAGCAGCAAAUUCAGCAACAGCAGCAAGCACUUCAGCAGCAAAUUCAACACUGUCAGCAGCAGCUACAGCAGCAGAAACAGCAACCAAAGUCCGGCAAAGCGAAGGCAUCCACGGUAAAGGUGAAACAGGAACCGGUGGCACCGUCGGCAGUACCACCAUCGUCGACAAUAUCCACCGCCACAUCGUCAACAAUCGUUGCACCGGCACCGAACAGUGUGGCGCCUCAGAUAACGAGCAGCAUCAUCUAUCCGGCGUCGGCACUGAGCACCUUACCACAGGAUGUGCUGUUAAACCUGCUACAAUCGGGGCAAAUACAGCUCCAUAGCGAAGGUGGAACACAAAAAUACGUCACGAUCCCGCUACCUCUGAUGUCUGGCAAUAAAACUACAACCAAAUCAUCCAACGCGUCCAAUGGGCAGCAAAAAUCCUCGAGUGGCAACUCAACGUCCUCUACGUCAGCUAGCUCGUCUGUUCCCGUGACUUCGACCCGAAGCGGCAGUGGUGCGUCCUCAUCCCGGCGGAACGCAACUACUAUUAAGACUGAAGUGCUCGAGUAGCAAGGCUUUAUUAGCGUGUGAAACCCCCUCUCGCGGCAGGGAACUUAUUGUCCAACAGAACCAUGUCCGAUUAAGGUCAAUCGGUACUUUUGUUUCUUGCUAUUGGUUAUUGGUAUCCAGAACUCAAUUCGUAUGUUGCUGAGUGCAAGCACAAUUUAGAUAAAUAUUACAAAAGUUUGUUUAGGCUUGAUU